AUGUCUACUUCUGUUUCUAACAUUCCUGCUAGAUUUUGGACUGAUGAUAAGGGCACUUUCUGUGCUUACACAGCUAGUGUUCGUUGGCCAAUCAUCCUUCAAAAUGCUGUGAACGACCUGAGUAAGGAGUUAGAAGCCAUUCAAUCUAACACAGUCUCUGUUAAUAAUAAAGAUUUAUCCUUAAAGCAGGGUGAAAUUAUUAAGACUCAGCUAAUCCUUUUCAGAGAAGAAGUUAUUAAUGAUGAUUUGUUACGUCCUUUCACUCAGGAAGAAGUAUAUGCUGUAAGUACUCUAGAUUCUUUCAAUCAGCAUUUGGAAGCUAAUAAAGAUAAAGAUUUGAGAUGGACUCAUUCUGAAUGGCUGUUCACCGAAGUUUACAUGUACAGAAGAAUUAACUGUUACUUUGCUUUGCAAUCUGAAUGGGCUAAAUUUGAUAUCUUUAAUUUGUUGAAACAAUCAACAUUUAAAGCCUCAUUCCAUGGUGUUGUAGAAUUGGCCCUUAGAUACAAGAAUCUUUUGCCAAUUUGGAGACAAAAUUCUAUAAGAUCUGCUGAUCAAAGAGAUUGGGAGUUAUUAGAAAUUUUAUUUAAAGAAUUUAUCGAAAUCUCAUUAUGGGGUAAUGCUACAGAUCUGUCCCUUUUGACUAAUGCCACUUUAGAGGAUAUUAAAUCUAUUCAAGGUGCUAAGGCUAGAGAGGAAUCAGAAUCCAAAAUUGUGAUUAAUGACACUAAAUUGGCCUGGAAAACUGUAGUUGAUGCCAAUAACAACAGUGGUAGUAAUAGUAAAGAAAUUAGGGUCGAUUUUGUUCUGGAUAAUUCUGGGUUCGAAUUGUAUGCUGAUUUAAUGUUAGCUGGUUUUUUAUUAAAUACUAACUUGGUUGAUAAAUGUAUUUUUCAUGGUAAAGAUAUUCCGUAUAUGGUGUCUGAUGUCAUGAUUAAGGAUUUUGACAUUUUGAUUCAAGACUUGUUGGAUAGAACUUUUUUCCCAACUGGUAGCAAGGAUACUCAAGAAUCUCAAGCAUUAGAUUUGUUUGCUAAUGAUAUGAUAGAAUUCAAAAAAGAAGGUAGAUUGUCCAUUGAAGCAGAUUCCUUCUGGACGACUGGUUUGGAUUAUUGGAAUUUGGAUCCAAGUGAAACUAAAUACAAUGGUAGUAAAAUGCAUCAAGAACUAUUAAAUUCUACUUUAGUGAUUUUUAAGGGUGAUUUGAAUUACAGAAAAUUGACAGGUGAUAGAACAUGGCCACGUACUACCCCGUGGAAAACAGCUAUUGGUCCUUUAGCUCGUAAUGGUCUUGUUACUCUAAGUUUAAGGACCUGUAAAGCAGAUGUUCAAGUCGGUUUGAGAGAAGGUGUGGAUGAGGAAUUGUCUGCUCUUUGGGAAAAGGAACACCCCGGUCAAGGUUCUUGGUGGUGUAGUAGUGGCAAAUGGGCUGUUAUUUGUUAUUGUGAUGGUCGUUAG